AUGAUCGACGCGCUCUACGACCACCUGUCGGAAAAACCGGCCCUGCACCUCGAUGAGAUAGCUGUCUUCCUCUGGGAUGAGUUUCGCACGACGAUGACAACCUCUGGCCUCAGGAGAGCCCUAGUGACCAAAGGUUGGUCGAAAAAGACGGCCCGGCAGCAUGAAAAAAAGCUCAAUACUGAUUUGCGAGAAAUUUAUCUCCAUAAUUUGUCAGAUUUUAAAUCGUAUCAUCUAGUUUAUGUGGAUGAAUCAGGAUGUGAUAAGAGGGCUGGGUUUAGGCGCAAAGGCUGGUCGCCAUUUGGCGUUGCCUGUUUGCAGGUAUCACAGUUCUAUCGCCACCAGCGAUAUCAGAUCAUACCUGCGUAUGCCCAGGAUGCGAUCCUCCUCUCGCAAUUAUUCCGUGGAGCAACAGAUGGCACUGUAUUCGAAGACUUUUUAGCUCAACUUCUUCAGCACUGUGGACGAUGGCCGGAACCGAAACCCGUCGUGGUUAUGGAUAAUGCGUCAUUCCAUCGAUCAGAACGGCAACCGAUACAGACGUAA